AUGGUGAUUUUAGAAAAUCCCCUUUCUGUAUUGCAGGUUGGUAUUGUGGGUCGUACAGGAGCUGGGAAAUCAUCUCUCACCCUGGGUUUGUUCUGGAUCAAUGAGUCUGCAGAAGGAGAGAUCAUCAUUGAUGGGAUAAACAUUGCUAAGAUUGGCCUGCACAACCUGCGCUUCAAGAUCACCAUCAUUCCACAGGAUCCUGUUUUGUUCUCGGGUUCCCUCCGCAUGAACCUGGACCCUUUCAGUCAGUAUUCUGAUGAAGAAGUCUGGAUGGCUCUGGAGCUUGCUCACCUGAAGGGCUUUGUGUCAGCCUUGCCUGACAAGCUGAACCAUGAGUGUGCAGAAGGUGGAGAGAAUCUGAGUGUGGGGCAGCGACAGCUUGUGUGCCUGGCCUGGGCUUUGCUGAGGAAGACAAAGGUUCUAGUGUUGGACGAGGCUACAGCAGCUGUGGAUCUGGAGACAGAUGACCUUAUUCAGUCCACCAUCUGGACGCAGUUUGAAGACAGUACUGUGCUCACUAUUGCUCAUCGGCUGAAUACCAUAAUGGACUAUACAAGGGUGAUUGUCCUGGACAAAGGAGAAAUUCGGGAGUGUGGUGCACCCUCUGAGCUCCUGCAGCAAAGAGGCGUCUUCUAUAGCAUGGCCAAGGAUGCUGGCUUGGUGUGAACUGAUCUCUGGCAUAUCUGAUGAGGACUGCAGGGCCAGGAUCCCAGUGUCCAGGCAUGAGCCAGCAACCCUGGAAACCUACACUCCCCAGAGAAAAACCAAAAAUUGAAAGAAAACCAAAUUAAAAGGAAGCAAAACACAUAAAGCAUCAGUCACAGU